AUGGCAAUGUUGAAUAGGACCGCGGAUUUGAUUGGCCGAAAUGUGACGCCGCUGUCUCCAGCGCUGCUCAAGCUCGAGCCAGAGCAGCGCUUGCGGCUCCUCAGAUCUACGCAGAAGGUGGGGAAAGUCCUCGGGACCACUCCCACUCUCGACGUGAUCUCCCCUUCGGCCAGCGCAUUCUCUCCCGUGACACCGACGCCCCUGGGCUCCUUAGAUGCGAGCGCUGUCAGGCGCAAGCCGUCAUUUAUCCUUCCCCGUUCACCCGCUGCGUUUAUCCAUUCGGUGACCUCCAGAGCAUCCGUGCAAGAAGAAAUGGUCAAAUCACCAGUUGUACGCUACAGGCUCGCAGAUCGCUCUGCACAGCCCGUGAUGGGCUCGCGCCCCUCUCACAACAUCCUGCGCCGAGCUCAUAUUCCAGCAGCUCUCAAUCUACCCCAGCCCAGACGCAACGAAGCAUCUCCGUUGUCGCCGUUCCGAUACAAUGUGAUUGGAGGCCCGCCAACGUCUCGUUUCUCUCCCUUGCCCGCGGUCUCUCCGUUCAGUCCCUUUUCGCCCAUCACGGAGCAGAAGAUUGAGCAGAGGAAGCUUGAGAAACUUGAGAAGCUCGACAAGCUUGCCCGCUGCAAGGACGAUAUUUUUCCCCCGGAGUUCAUCUACCCGUCCUUGGGACAAGUCAGCGAGAAGGUAGAGAAGAUUUCUUCGUAUCUCGACUUAUAUCGCAUGGGAGCCAAGGAUGACAGCCAUCUGCCUCGCACAAGGUACGAGGACCAGGAAUACAUCAGCGUACGCGCUGAGGUAGGGGAUCCUGAUAACACCACUCGCUCAAGACCAGUUAGCAGGGGCUUAUCCAUGUCUCGGCGUCGCAGCCGGUCCGUCGGUGACUUUCACAGCUUCGCUGCAUUAGGGAGUUCCCAAGCUGAAGCGGGGAGCGGGAGCCGUUUCUCGAUACAGAUGAACUCGCUCGCAGUACAGAGUCCCUCCUCCGCCGUCACGCGUGCAUCAUACUUCUCGCCGAGCGUCUACUCCGACACUGCCAGCUUCGGCGUUGAUAGCGCUGCUGAUGUAGCUGCCCUUGCGGCCCUGAAUAGCCCUCGCAAGCGUGCUUGUUCCAUCAUGAGCGCCAAGCAGUCGAUCCUCGGCGCAGACGCGAAACUUAUGGCCGAGUUCCGCACGCGUUUCGGGACGCGUCCGCUCGACUUCCACUUCCCGCCCUUCCCUGCGCCCACCUGCCCGCUCCCGUCCCCGCCGGUCUCGCCGACGCUCGAGCAGGUGAAGUCGCCCAAGGUCCCGUACUGGGUCAAGAGCAGCUUCCGCCCACACACGUCGGGCGCGUACGCCCUCGGCUUCCCGGAUGUUGGUCCGUACGCACAGGUGAAGAGCGCAUCAACGGCCUCGAGGAAGAAUGGGCACUUAGCUCCGCCUGCUACUCCACGUACCCGCCGCGUCGAGCGGAGGCAGGGAUGGGGUGGGCAUUGGAAUCAGGGCACUAUGGGUGGUGUGAUUGACCAGCUGAGGCAGCUCUGA